ACAAAUCAUUCUUUGUACGGCGGAAGAUUUCGUUCAGUGUAGCUGCAGGUAGUUUGCAUGAAGUUUCAAAGAUUUUUAAUCACGUGUUUGCAAAAACCUUUUUUUGAUCAUGGCUCCCAAAAGAACGCCCAAACAACGGCUAGCAAAAUAUCUAAAACGUUACCGAAAGACGCAAAAAACAUUGAAAAUAAUCAAUUUUCGUAAAACGUUCAAGUCCAUGCCGCGCAAGGAUUAUCUGUCGGAUGAAAAAUUCAUGGAGACGCUGACGCCACACCAACAGAAAGCGCUUCGAACGAUGGAUGUUGCCGAGCGACAAGCUAUGCUCAAAAUCGAUCUGUCCCGGCUUGUUAGUGAAGCAAGAGAAGAACACCUGGGAGCGCUGGAGUUCAAUCGGUACCGAGCUGGGGUACUGACGGAAGCGGAAGAAGCCUCACACAGAACCACUACUGAGUUUUUCGAGGACAAAAAUCAGAUUGAUGAUUUGACCUUGAUUUCAUUGGACGCGGCGUACUACCUGGCCCUGGCACAAAGCGGUGUAGAUCCCCGCUGCUACGUUGAACUCAGGUAAGUUAUUUGGUCAUAUCGAAAAAAUAGUUGAACUAUGAAGAUAGCCGAAUAAUAUUCUUUAUUUGAACUGAAGCAAUAAAUGAACAAACAUAAAAGAUUAGUUUUUGCCGGCGUCUUCCUUCAAUGUUACUGUUCUGUUGAACACUAAAUGCCCUUCGCGCGAAUCGGGAUCGGCCGAAAAGUAUCCAAUUC